CACCCAUUCUACCAACAAUCACCGCUAUUCAACAUCCACUACAACCAACACAUUUAUCCUCCUACCAAACUACCAAAACCAAACCAAAGAAUACAACAAAGGAAUAGCGAAAAGAGAGAAAAAAAAAAGACUGAAAAAAUGUCCCAAACAUUCACCCCGGCCGACGUAUCCGCGCACAACAAUCCCGACAAGGGAAUGUACAUCAUCAUCGACAACAGCGUCUACGACGUCACCAAGUUCGUCGAUGAACAUCCCGGUGGCGCGAAGAUCUUGAAAAGGGUAGCGGGCAAGGAUGCUUCGAAGCAGUUUUGGAAGUAUCACAAUGAGGGCGUGCUGAAGAAGUAUACGCCCAAGUUGAAGAUUGGGGAGGUUAAGGAGGCGGCGAAGCUGUGAGAUAUGGGGGUUUAUUGUCUAUUUGUCUUGUUGGAAUGGGGAUCUUUGCUGUUGAAGUUUGGUCACGCAUAUACACUCUAGAUGUCGGGAUGAUGAUGCUGCUUGGAGGGGGAGACUGCUCAUGGUUCAAACAGUCCUAGACCGUCUAUUACUAAUAACAUUAAACAAUAGCUAACUAACUAGCUAAAUACUAUUCCCGC